AGCCUCAGAUUCUUCUCUUAAUUCUUCCUUAAGAGAAGAAUUAAGCUGUUUCAUUCCAGUGUACCUGUGGCACAUCUAAAACCUGCAGGACACCGGCCCUUGAGGACUGGAGGACCCCUGCUCUAAAGGGUCAGCUAAGUAAGACUUCAUAGUAGCUAUGGAUCAGAGGGAGGAUCGGAGCUCCUCCUUCCACAAUUUUUGCCUGAACAAAAUCUUUGUUCCACUGGGUGUCAGUUACAUUAACAGACCAACAAACGCACAGUAACUUGAACAGAUCCGACUAAGACGAAGUCCAGCAUGCAAUUUCCGUGCCAAUUUACCUCAGCAGCUUCCUGGAGGUCUCAUUCACACUUGGCAUGUUUUUUCAUCAUUAUCCUGUACUCUGGAGGAGUUUCAUCCCUUUACGGGCCUGCUGUGGCGACAGGCCUCGGUUCUGCUUUCUCUGCCGCGCAGACCAGCAGCGUGGUGGGAGGCAAGCAGAAAGCAGUGACUUUCAACAAGCUGAUGGUCAACACCGGAAGGGACUUCAAUCCAGACACCGGACACUUCCGCUGCCGCAUCCCUGGGGCUUAUUAUUUCUCCUUUUCUGUGGGGAAGUUCCCCAGUAAGCUGCUCUCUGUCAUCCUGGUGAAGAACGGGGAGGAGGUGCAAGCCAUCGCUUAUGAUGACUACCGCAGGAUAGGCAGGAAAGUGCAAAGCCAGAGUGUGAUGAUCAGUUUGAAGGAAAUGGACACUGUGUGGCUGCUUUUGCAGCAGAAUCCCCAGUAUGCUGUGUACAGCAAUGCUGGCCCUUACAUCACCUUCUCUGGUUAUCUGGUCUACCCGAAGCUCCAGCCAACCAGUUACCUCAGCAACCACCUCUCCUCACCAGGUCUGUAUUAUCCCGACUGCCCACCUCAGGCUGAACCCCAGAGCUCAGGUCAAGCGGCGGAGCAGCCGCAGUCAGCCUUCUCAGUGGCUCGGACAUCCACGUUCAUGGGUCAGAGUGACGGCCACCACAGCAAGCCUCCCCUGACCUUUGACGUGGAGUACGUCAACAUUGGGGGCCACUUCAACAAAACCUCAGGCCUGUUCACCUGCCACUUCCCUGGAGUGUACUUCUUUGCUUUCACAGUGGGGAAGCACCCUCGCAAGGCCGUCUCUGUGAAGCUGAUGACCGGGAGCGGGCAGGUGCAGGCCAUGGUGUUCGACGAGGACACGUCCAAGAGGAGAGAGAUGCAGAGUCAGAGCUUAAUGCUGCAGCUCAACAGGGGGGAAACGGUGUGGCUGUACAGCCAGCAGGACAAGCGCUACGCCGUUUACAGCAACCAAGGGAGAUACACCACCUUCUCCGGGUUCCUGGUUUAUCCGUCUGCAGAAACAACGGCAGACAGAACCGGCCUAUAAACAGCUCUGCCAUUAAUCCAGUCUGUAGUAAAUCGCUGGUUCUGUAGGUAGAGUAAGUAAUUUAACAUAACUUGAGUUUGUAGUUUGCUUUGGUUUCACAUGUUGCAUUUUCUUCUGGAUUGAUCCACCAGAUGGUGCUAUGAGACAGAGUCGUGGACACUGCCCAGCAGAUUCUGUCACUUGAAAAUGCAAUUUUCUCCAGUCUUUAAAAUAAAAUCUUUUUUUUUUUUGUCAACAUUUGCUACUUAGGUUUUUUGCAUUUAGAAGCAAUAAAACAGUGCUUUCUAUUCAUAGAAAAGUGAUUGUUGUGUGGUCAGAAUAUAAAUGUAAAUGAUGUAUAUUUUAAUAAAACUGCUUACUUAAAAACACAACAUACCACAUUGUUUCUUUCAAGGUUUUGUGCAAAUAAAUACUAAACGAACAAGAACUGGGACACCCUUAAGUGAGACAGGACAGUGUAGAGAUGCAUGCCAGUGCUCAUGGAGAAGAAUUAGAAUGACAGGUGGUUUCAGAUCUCUGAAAGUCUCAAAUAAAAAUGGACGAAAUCACUGGAUUUGCUCCUUCUCUUUCCAGAGCAUCUUGAAUACCUGAUAAAUGUAGAAACGAAGCCACUCAGUUAGCACUACUCCCUGCAUGGAGAAGUUUCCUACACCUCUGUGUUCUGCCUAGCUUUGUUUCUAAAUACCUCACUGAUAGAGAAAGCACAAUCUGCUAACUCUUAGCCUAUUAAAAUAUGAGUAGGAAG